AUGAGCGAAGAAAUAGUUCAGGAUUUUGAAUAUAUUGCAGCUCACUUGGACGAUUACAUUAACGAUGAUAAACUUUUUAGUGUGUUAGAAACAGAAGAUAUCAUAAAAAUCCUAAAACUUUCACAUUUGACAGCAAAUGACUUCAUUAAUCUUCUCAAGCAAUCGCCAUAUACAAUUAAGACAAAUGAUUUAUACAAAUGUACUAGAAAAACAAAUGUUUCUAUUCAAAAUUUCGAAGAAGUUGUUUCUCUUCUGAAAUGUAUCAAGAGAUACUUGAAACUUGGAAUACUUGAUGGCGUAAUUGAUAUUUUGAAACGGAUACAACAUGAGAUGUCUGAUUCAGCCGAACAAAUACAACAACUCCAAACAGACUUACAAACUGUUAAAAAUCAAAAACAACAAUUCCAAACAGACUUACAAACUGUUAAAAAUCAAAAAGAACAAUUCCAAACAGAAUUACAAACUGUUAAAAAUCAAAAACAACAAUUCCAAACAGACUUACAAACUGUUAAAAAUCAAAAAGAACAACUCCAAACAGAAUUACAAACUGUUAAAAAUCAAAAAGAACAACUCCAAACAGAAUUACAAACUAUUAAAAAUCAAAAAGAACAACUCCAAACAGAAUUACAAACUAUUAAAAAUCAAAAAGAACAACUCCAAACAGAAUUACAAACUAUUAAAAAUCAAAAAGAACAACUCCAAACAGAUUUACAAACGGUUUCAAAUCAAAAAGAACAACUCCAAACAGAAUUACAAACGGUUUCAAAUCAAAAAGAACAAAGUGACAAAGAGAUUAAAUCACUAAAUAUCUCAACUCAGUCAAAAUACCAAUGGAGACAAUAA